UACUGCAAACAGCUGUUGUCAGCAAUAGGCUCAUCUUUCUGUUGGCGUUCGAAAAUUCAUCAUAUGAUUUUGUAUCUCCAAUGUAGUUACGUUCAACUUUGUACGAUUUCUAUUUCCCAUGGACGACAUCACACGUGAUUUGCAGCUUCCCAAAGAUGUCAUCAACGCAAUACUUCCUUAUGCGACACUAAAGCGAUAAACAGUGUGUUUGCAUAUUGAUGUGAAACAGUACAUAUGGUUCAGUAUUGAAUUAUUGCAAUCAGUUAAGUGAAAUAGCGACCAACACAGGCUGAAUGAAAUGCCACCGAUAUAUUGGAUACGAUUCACAUUCUAUAUGUGUAUAUAUCCAAUGGCUUUGUUUCCAGUUCUUCGAGCUCGAGAAGGUGGUGAUGUCGUUGUGAAUCAACUUAUAACUCGGAAUUGCCAAGGUUGUUACUACGAAGAAAAAUGCAUCUGUAACGGUGAAAGAGGAAUCUGGAAAUCAAGAAUAGAUUGCAAACUACUAGAAUGCAAACAUUAUCAGCUACGAAUUGUCAAAGUAUAUUGCAGAGAUCCCAGAGGGGGUUGCAUGUCCGAAGGUUUCCACUGGCUUGGUGUCUACCGCAAUAUAUGUGUAAAGAAGUUUUGCAAAGUUGAGGACAAGAAGAAUGCAAAACUGGAGAUGAUGUAUGAUGCAAAGUGCACAAUAUCACAUGUUGUGGGAGACAUAAUCCAGUUUAUAUAUUUGAGUUUGAAACGAUGUUAAACGGAAAUCAAACGCUGCGUGUUGUGCAAUCCUUUUAGCAAUAAUAAAAUAAAUGUUAAUAAACUGAAA